CGCCCAGUCAGCUCGCCAUGUCCAGAUCCGGGGACAGGACCUCCACCUUCGACCCUAGCCACAGCGACAACCUGCUGCACGGCCUCAACCUGCUGUGGAGGAAGCAGCUGUUUUGCGACGUGACCCUGACGGCCCAGGGCCAGCAGUUCCACUGCCACAAGGCCGUGUUGGCCUCCUGCUCUCAGUACUUCCGAUCGCUCUUCUCCAGUCACCCUCCUCUCGGGGGAGGAGGGGUCGGCGGCCAGGACGGCCUGGGGGCCCCCAAGGACCAACAGCAGCAGCCACAGCCACAGCAACAGCAGCAGCAGCAGCAGCCACAACAGCAGCCUCCACCGCCGCAGGAGGAGCCCGGGACUCCUUCCUCCUCCCCCGACGACAAGCUGCUGACCAGCCCCAGGGCUAUCAACAACCUGGUACUGCAGGGCUGCUCCUCCAUCGGGCUGCGCCUGGUGCUCGAGUACCUUUACACGGCCAACGUGACCCUGUCCCUGGACACGGUGGAGGAGGUGCUGUCAGUCAGCAAGAUCCUGCACAUCCCGCAGGUCACCAAGCUCUGCGUGCAGUUCCUCAACGACCAGAUCUCGGUGCAGAACUACAAGCAGGUGUGUAAGAUCGCCGCGCUGCACGGCCUGGAGGAGACCAAGAAGCUGGCCAACAAGUACCUGGUGGAGGAUGUGCUGCUGCUUAACUUCGAGGAGAUGCGCGCCCUGCUGGACUCGCUGCCGCCCCCCGUGGAGUCGGAGCUGGCGCUCUUCCAGAUGUCCGUGCUGUGGCUGGAGCACGACCGCGAAACCCGCAUGCAGUACGCGCCCGACCUCAUGAAGCGCCUCCGUUUCGCGCUCAUCCCGGCCCCGGAGCUGGUGGAGCGGGUCCAGUCCGUGGAUUUCAUGCGCACCGACCCGGUCUGCCAGAAGCUGCUGCUGGACGCCAUGAAUUACCACCUGAUGCCCUUCAGGCAGCACUGCAGGCAGAGCCUGGCCAGCAGAAUUCGUUCUAACAAGAAAAUGCUGCUGUUGGUUGGAGGGUUGCCUCCUGGACCGGACCGGCUCCCCAGCAAUUUGGUUCAAUAUUACGACGAUGAAAAGAAGACGUGGAAAAUACUCACAAUUAUGCCAUACAACAGUGCCCACCACUGCGUCGUGGAGGUGGAAAACUUCUUGUUCGUGCUGGGUGGAGAGGACCAAUGGAAUCCAAAUGGAAAACAUAGCACAAAUUUUGUCAGCCGUUAUGACCCUCGAUUCAAUAGCUGGAUACAACUCCCCCCCAUGCAAGAAAGAAGAGCCAGUUUCUAUGCCUGUCGGCUGGAUAAGCAUUUGUACGUUAUUGGUGGAAGGAAUGAAACUGGCUACCUGUCCAGUGUUGAAUGCUACAACCUAGAGACGAACGAAUGGCGUUAUGUGUCCUCCUUGCCACAGCCUCUGGCAGCUCAUGCAGGAGCGGUGCACAAUGGGAAGAUAUACAUUUCAGGCAAGUCAUUCCUUCACCUUCUGAUACCAUGCUCAGUUUCAUUGCACUUUCUUGACUUGUAUGUGUAUGUUUCAUUCACAGGGGGUGUACACAAUGGCGAAUAUGUCCCCUGGCUAUAUUGUUAUGACCCUGUAAUGGACGUCUGGGCUCGAAAACAAGACAUGAACACGAAACGUGCCAUCCAUACUUUGGCUGUAAUGAAUGACCGCCUGUAUGCAAUUGGAGGAAAUCAUUUGAAAGGUUUCUCCCACCUUGAUGUCAUGCUCGUGGAAUGCUAUGACCCAAAAGGUGACCAGUGGAAUAUUCUCCAAACUCCCAUUUUGGAAGGUCGAAGUGGGCCUGGCUGUGCAGUGCUUGAUGACAGCAUCUUCCUUGUGGGAGGCUACAGCUGGAGUAUGGGAGCCUACAAGUCAUCUACAAUAUGCUACUGUCCAGAGAAAGGAACCUGGACAGAACUUGAAGGUGAUGUAGCCGAACCCCUGGCAGGCCCUGCUUGUGCAACAGUGAUCCUGCCUGCCUGUGUGCCAUACAACAAAUAACACUAAGAACUCCUGGAAUGAACAGAGUCACAUUCGAGGAAGCAGUGGCAGGUGAUGCCACCAUGAUCAUAGGAGCAACACAUUCCCGUGGUACAGCCAAAACCCACCCUAGGUUUCUGGUACUUUAUAAGCAAUGACAAAAGAGACCUGUUCUGGACAGACAUUGUGUCUGUAACUCAAAUCCUACCAAACUUCCUGUGGUGACAGACUCAUUUCAGACUGGUUUUAACUUGUCCCAGCUUUACAAAAACUCCUCAUACAGCUGUUAACUUUCCAAAAGAGAAAGAUACAGAAGACUGACCCCAGAAAGACCUAAGAUCUGUAUUGUGCAUUGUAGUCUACCUGCAUGCGAUCUAUGUUGAAGUUUUGGGGAUAUUGUGUUCAUGAACGAUUCAAAAAUUGAACCCAUCAAAAUCUUCACAUUGCAUUUCAGCAGUUGCAACUGGAUUCUGUAUUCCUAACCUCUGACUACUUCACAGACUCCAUCCAGAACACAGUUACUGAAAAUCAUUUAAGAUUAAAGGAGGGCAUUUUGGUUUCUUUCCAACUUCAUUUCUUACCACUCUGACCUUAUAGCACCUGACUGAAUCAAAGAAAAGAAACAUGUUGGCUCUUAACAGUAAUUGCUUUCUGCCGCAUAGGUUUCAGGCUAGCCACAAACAUAAUCCCUGUGUCUUUAACUUGAUCCAAAAGAUUGAAGCAAAAUAGACUAUGUCACUUAGUUCACCAAGAACUGUGCUUUCUCAUUUGUUGCAGCUAUAAGUAGUGAACACGUUUUUAUUUGGUUCAAAAAAAUAGGGCUGAUAAACACAGUCACAGAGUACUUGAAUGAUUCUGUUGCAUAACAGAUUUGGCCCAAACUUGAUUCAUAAUGAAAACUGGGCAUAUUGCUUUUGGGGAUUCAGGAAAGAAAAGAAAGACUAAUUCCUCUUCAUUAUAAUAUCAGGUCUGUGUUCUUACACAAACCUGAAAAGGGGCACAGGAGCCAAUCACAGCAUGUGAGAAAGUCCUUCUCUCGCUCCCCUUUGGCUGCCUCUGGACACCACUUACCUCCCUAUUCCCUCCACGCAUCUUAAUUGGGUCAAUUGUCACAGACAUACCUGAACUCAGGUAAUCAAUCAACUACUAGCUAGCAGUCCUCAGAAGCAUGAGGAAUACAGCAGUAGAAGGUUAGGAGGGCAUGAGAUGCUCUCAGGGUGGCCAAUCAGCAAAGCUAGCAGGAACAUGAAUUUGGUGUUUAAGCUCUUCUUGUACAUCAACUUUCAGGAGUAAAUAAAAAGCUAAAUUAUUUUUUAAUCAUGGAAAGAUGUAUCAAAUCGCUUGACCAAUAUGUCAUUCAAAACAACAAAGAGCGCCACAUAUUCAGAACGCCUUGGUGAAAAGCUAUCAUGUGGAGCACAUCAUGAUGAAUGAGUAUGUCGGAAUUCAAUGCAUUUCUGCAGUAACGUGCAAUCUUCAUUGUUUUUGUAUUUAUUUGUAUGUUCAGAUCCGAAGGAUCCGUUGUAAAAUAUAUAUAUAAAUAGAUAUAUCCAGUACAAGCAACACCUGUUUUUUUUUUCUUGAAAACAUGUGCAUAUAAAAAGUCAGAGUGCUUUGUGUGAAAUUUCCAGCUGACAUCAUGAAGAGAGCGAGGUCGGCUUCAGAAUCCUUUACUGUCUACUGUCACCAUGGCUUCCAAAAGUCACUGUUUAUAGGAGAAUAUUUGCUUUCCUUACACUUGUCCUUCAUUUUACUUUUAUUUCUACCCAAAAUAAAUAAAACUGUUUAUGAGAACUAUAAGCUUUCUGUAUUUCAGAAAGACACAAACUCCUAGAAAGUGAAAAGUGAAUAAAUAAAUCACAGGAUGUAAAUUUUGUACAAUAUUAGAAUGUGUAAAUGAAGCUUGCUUGGAAGGGGAAAACUUUAAAU